GACCGAUCCAGUCAGUCCGUUGAGCCGGCUCGCGAUCGUCGUAUGUUUCGAACGUUCUAAAUUCGAAUUUCGAAGACGUUUCGUCUGUGAUAGUCGUUUGUUUUGAACGUUUUGAAUUUGAAUUUCGAAAACGUUCGACGGUGUAAGAUUGUGGGAUUUGUCGGUGAUAUCAAGAAUGAAGAUGUAUUGGGGAUUGUUGGUGGUAGCCCUGUGUGGUGGUGCAGCGGCUCAUACGAUGCACUUGGGGAAGUGUCCCGUGGUUGAACCUAUGCCAGGAUUUGAAAUGAACAAGCUCCUCGGCGUGUGGUACGUCAUCCAGAAGACUUCCACCGGCUCCAGCUGCAUCACAUACAACUUCACCAGGACUUCAGAGCCCGGCACUUAUGAGCUUGAACAGGUUUCCCAGCAUUUGGUGUUGGGGCUUACGCCGCUGAAGCAUGACUACAGAUACACUGGCGUGCUAACCGUGCCCGACCCCGCAGUACCCGCGCGGAUGAAAGUGCGCUUCCCUCUUAGUGUUGCCGGCUCCGCUAGCUAUGUGGUCCUUGCGACUGACUACGAUACGUAUGCCGCCAUCUUCACUUGCCAGAGCAUCCUAUUCGGCCACCGCCGGUCAGCUACCAUCCUCUCCCGCACUAAGGAGCUCGACAGGAUGUACGUUGAUAAGCUACGCUCCAAACUGUCCUCAUUCAACGUCAGCCCAUACGACCUGUCAAUAAUCUCGCAGUCUAACUGCCCGAAGCACAUCAACGGUACCACCGAAGGCGUCAACAUCAAUAUUGAGCCUGAUACGUUCUCAUCGCACAACAUCGGCGAAGCUGUGCGGAAGACUGGAGGCGUCAUAGCCGACGGAGUCGAAUACGUGGUAGAAGCCGGCAAGAAGGUGUACCACAAGGUAGCGAGUAGCAAGGAAGACCUAACAGAGACACCUGCCGGCGGCGCCAGGAACUACGACGCUGACGCCGAGUGGAUGCCUUGAACAAACUUGUGGGGCUAUGUCUGCUAAUAUAAGCGCAGUUUGCUUGGCGUCUGGUUUUAGUACAAAAUAAUCACUGAGGUGGUCAGAAUCACAAUAGCAUGGUCGCGCGAUAAACGAUAUGACGGCAGGCCGUCCUUUUCGCACUAUUUGUAAGUACGAUAGGGACGGCCUGACGUUAUAUCAUUUAUCACACGACCAUGCUUGCCUGCCAGGUCAGACGUCGCUUAUUGCAUAGAUACCAUAGCCUUUAUAACAAAUGAAUUAGCUAGACAACUUACAUUAGAAGUUUGAGUGUAUUAGGUAUCGUGAUCCCAGUACGUUAGAUUUUUUAACACAAAUCUAAGCUCAGAACACCGAAUAUGGGUCAGAUAUAUAGUUGUAACUAAAUACUCAAUAUUUUAAGCCAUUCAGAUGUGCCUCAAACGAGUACAGACAGCCAAUUGGAACCCUAGGCUAUGUAACUAUGUCAUAGUGAGUUAGUGACGUUAUAAAUCAGAUUGUAAGAAAUCUCUUACUGCUUGUCAUUUUGACAU